AUGACUAAAUUCUAUUCUGAACUUUUAGAUUUGCCAAGAACAAAUCCAAGACAAUGGAGAUUAAGAACAGAUAAAUUAGGAAGAGAAACAUGGGAUUAUAUUGAUGAAGAAUCUUGUAAGAAUGAUCCUCAAUCCACUUUUACCCAAUGGCUUUUACAAUUACCAGAAUUUCCUACACCGGAGCCUACUAUAACAAAGGAUGAUCCAGACUUCAGUGCUUGGGAAUCCUGUUUAAAUGGUGCCAAAUUUUUCAAGUUAUUACAAGAUGAGAAUUCUGGUAUCUUUCCUUGUCAAUACAAAGGUCCUAUGUUCAUGACCAUUGGAUACGUUGCAGUACAUUACAUUGCUGGGAUCCCUAUUCCUGAACCACAAAGAUUAGAAAUUGUUAGAUAUAUUGUUAACACAGCACAUCCAGUUGAUGGUGGUUGGGGUUUACAUUCCGUAGAUAAAUCUACUGUAUUUGGUACUGUAUUAAAUUAUGUUAUUCUUAGAUUAUGUGGUAUGGAAAAAGAUCAUCCUGUUUUGAAGAGAGCAAGGUCCACUUUAUUAAACCUUGGUGGUGCAAUUGCUGCCCCACAUUGGGGGAAAAUAUGGUUAUCUGUGUUGAAUUUGUAUAAAUGGGAAGGUGUCAAUCCUGCUCCCCCAGAUAUGUGGCUUUUACCAUAUUCAUUACCAAUUCAUCCUGGAAGAUGGUGGGUUCAUACAAGAGGUGUUUAUUUGCCUGUCAGUUACUUAUCUUUGGUCCGUUAUUCUUGUCCUGUAACACCACUUCUUGAAGAGAUUAGAGAAGAAAUCUAUGCUAAAGAUAAGUUUCAAGAUAUUGAUUUUAGUAAACACAGAAAUACAGUAUGCGGUGUAGAUCUAUAUUAUCCGCAUUCUAAAAUAUUAGAUUUUGCCAAUAACCUAAUUGUCAAAUACGAACAAUACUUAAGACCGAAAUGGCUAUUCGAUAAAUCAAAAGAAAAAGUCUAUGACCUAAUUCGUAAAGAAAUUGAAAAUACCGAUUAUCUAUGCAUUGCCCCAGUAAACCAAGCGUUUUGUGCUUUAGUAACAUUAAUUGAAGAAGGGAGAGAUUCAUAUCAAUUCAAAAGAUUCCAAGACAGAUUCCAAGAUGCCUUGUUUCAUGGUCCACAAGGUAUGACCAUCAUGGGUACCAAUGGUGUCCAAACUUGGGAUUGUGCAUUCAUGAUACAAUAUUUUUUCGUGGCUGGAUUAGCAGAAAGACCUGAAUUUUAUGAUACUGUAGUAGCUGCCUAUAGAUUUUUGAUUAGAUCCCAAUUUGAUUCUGAAUGUGUUCCUGGAAGUUUUAGAGAUAAAAGAAAUGGUGCAUGGGGGUUUUCUACAAAAACUCAAGGCUACACUGUGUCUGAUUGUACCGCUGAAUCUGUAAAAGCUAUUAUAAUGGUCAAGAAAUCACCAUUUUAUAAGAAAGUUCAUGACGAAAUCUCCGAUGAAAGAUUGUAUGAUGCCAUUGACAUUUUAAUGAAUUUACAAAAUAUUUCAUCUUUUGAAUAUGGCUCAUUUGCAACUUAUGAAAUGAUUAAAGCUCCAUUAUUUUUAGAAUGUUUAAAUCCAGCGGAAGUAUUUGGGAAUAUUAUGGUAGAAUAUCCAUAUGUUGAGUGUACAGAUUCAUCUGUAUUAGGAUUAACCUAUUUCCAUAAAUAUUAUGACUAUCGUAAAGAUGAGAUCACAAAAAGAAUUCAAAUCGCAAUAGAUUAUAUUAAGAAUACACAAAGUUGUGAUGGAAGUUGGUACGGUUGUUGGGGGAUAUGUUAUACAUAUGCGGGAAUGUUUGCUAUUGAAGCCUUAAAUUCUGUUGGAGAAAACUAUUCCAAUUCUGAAGUGGUUCGUAAAGGUUGUGAUUUUCUUGUUUCUAAGCAAAUGUCUGAUGGUGGUUGGGCUGAGGUUAUGAAAUCCAGUGAAUUACACAGUUAUGUAAGUGGUCCUCAAUCAUUAGUAGUUCAGACUGCAUGGGUCAUUAUUGCAUUGCUAUUAGCGGAAUACCCAAAUAAAGAGAUCAUUGAUAAAGGUGUAAAAUUAUUAAAGGAAAGACAGGAAACUUCUGGUGAAUGGAAAUUUGAAUCUGUUGAAGGUGUUUUCAACCAUUCUUGUGCAAUUGAAUAUCCAAGUUACCGUUUCUUAUUUCCAAUUAAGGCUUUAGGACUAUACAGUAAAAUCUAUAAAGACAGUCUGGUAUAA